UUAUGAAUUAUUGUUGUAGCGAUUGAAGGAUGUAGACGACAAAUGUCUGAAACGACGACAGAUUAUAACAAUGGACAAGAUGAGUGUUUUGAACAGUCAUCAAGUUUAGGCCCGGUUUUGGAAGAAUUUAUUCCUAUUAAAAGAAUUAAUGAAGAUGAAGACGAAGAAGAAGAUGAACAACAAUUAAAUCAAUUAAAUAAUAAAUCCAAAGUGAUAUCCAGCAAAUCAGAUAAAUCAUCUUCGAAAAAAUCAGAUUGGCUUAGACAUGCUCAACUAUCUAUUCAAUCCCCAGAUCCAUUGGAGUUAUCACCAAAAAGAGUUCCGGUGGUGGAGGUAACAAGAAAUGGGUGUGGGGCUUUUCAUCCGCUUAGGAAAGAAAAGAGUUCCGACGAAGCUCCGGCGGUCGGAAAUGUGAAAUUAUUGGUGGCGCCGGCUGUGGAGCCCGCGGUUGCUGCAGCUCCACGGCGAAGAGUGUUGGCGGUGGUGGUGGUGGUGGUGGUGGUGGGAGAAAAGGUGAAGAUGAAGGGCAGUCGAAUCGGAAAGCUAGACGGUGUUAGUCGCCAGAAUGGCAUCGACAGUUUCUUCAUGCUCUUCAACAACUCGGUGGUGCACAUGUUGCUACACCUAAACAAAUUCGAGAAUUAAUGAAGGUGGAUGGGCUCACAAAUGAUGAAGUAAAAAGCCAUUUACAGGGUGAAUACCGUUAACA